AUGUUAUCUGCGCAGCCUUUGCACAUCUGUCCAGAGGGGCACGGGCAAGAGGUUUCAGGCCCCAACCCCCCCCCCCCGGGCUCCCCCGUGUUUACAGGAUUUAUUUCAGCCUGGGCCGUCCGGGGCUUGGAGGCCUUACUGCAGCUGCGGCUCUGCUGCGUUCAGAUCUGCACAAACACAGACGGAAAACUCGGUCCCUCCCGGGCAAGACCGCGAUGGCUGCGGGAGCUGACGGCCACCGGAGGAACCGGCCGCUGCCGGCCGCGGGCUCCUCUCCGCCGCUCCGACGACGGUCCCGGGGUCACCCAACCCCCGUGCUCGGGGUACGACGACUGCUCCCCCCCCAACCCGGAGCCCGGCGGCGGGGAUCCCGUGGGGAUCCCGGACACCCCCCCCGGGUCCGCCCGCCCCGCGCCCACGGGGUCCCGUCCCCGCCACACGUGCGCGCAGGCCCCGCCCACCGCUGGAAAGAGGCCACGCCCCCUCUCCGCGCGACGCCCCGCCCCCUUAGAUGACCCCAGACACCCCCCGACACAAGGCCACGCCUCUCAUCUGGCCACGCCCCCGCCGGCUCCCUCUCCUCAGGACGCGCCGGCCCGGCCCCGCCCCGCCCGCGCGCUCCCCCGGUGCUCCGCGGAGGCCCGGGCCGGGCCGGGGACCGGAGAUUGGGGACCGGGGGCGGCGAAGGGGAGGGGAGGGGAAGGGAAGGGCGUGCGUCCGCCCGCCCGCCCGCCCGCCGCCUGCCUCACCGUCGCGCAGCCCCUCGCCUUCCUGCUGGCGUCAUCGCGCCGCGCCGCGGCGUGA